CGUCCCUGGCGGAGCGCCUUCGCAACGCGGCGUCGGGGCGGCGCGCGCGAGCGGCUAGCGCGGCGGCGGCGCGGCAGCGGGCGGCCGGCAACCGGCGAGCAGCGUGGGCUGCGACGAGGUCUCCCACACCAUGCACGAGCUCCUGCCGGCGGAGAUGUGCUGAAGAACGAGCUGCAGCUGCACGAGGCGGUCAUCAAGAACGACACGGACGCCGUGCGGCGCGUGCUGCGGGAACCGCUCGACGUCAACUCGCGCAACAAUGUGCGUGAGCCACCCCACCCCCACCCGCUUUCAUUUUACGGCAGAGCCCCAAUCCACUGGGCGGCCUCCAGAGGAAACACUGACAUCCUGGAGAUGCUCAUCGGCGCAAAAAGCGAUAUCGAAGCCAAAGAUAAGAAGCAGUACACGCUGCUGAUGUGCGCGUCGCGCAACAACCGGCUGGACGUGCUGGACUUCCUGCUGGACACGCUGGAGAACCCGCGCCUGGACGUGGUGGACGCCGACGGGCAGACGGCGCUGUUCCACGCGGCGGCCGGCGGCCACACGGCGGCCGUGCGCCGCCUGCUCGAGGCCGGCGCCCGCAUCGACAAGGGCCACGUGGAGAUGGUGGAGCUGCUGCUGCGGCGCGACGUGGACGUGAGCGCGCGCGACGGCGACGGCAACACGGCGCUGCACGCGGCCGCCGAGAACCAGCAGACGCGCUGCGUGCAGCUGCUGCUGGAGCGCGGCUGCCCGCCCGACCCCGCCAACAAG